GGCCGUCGCCGAUUCCUUUUGGCGGGCGCCACAUUAAUGGGUGUGUCCCUCCUCCUCCUGGGGAUCAUCUCUCAUUUAAAUGACCACAUUUAUGGAUCUAAUCCUUGCCAGGAAAGUGUUCAGUGUUUAGAGGCAUUAACUGAAGCCAAUCGGAACAUCUCAGUAUUUUACACUACAACCCCCCAAAUGUUCUCUAUAAACGAUUCUUACACAUUAUCCGAGGCAGACUGGCUGUCUUACAUUAUGGAUAACUAUACUGCUACAACAACGGAGGAACCUCAUGUACACAUCCAUGGAUCUACCAUAGGCAAAAUAGCAGCCUUCACGGCUCUCAUGUUAUAUGUGGCUGCUUUUGGAUUCAGUUUUGGUCCAGUGUCUUGGUUAAUCCUGAGUGAAAUCUUCCCAGCUUCAGUGAGAGGGAGGGCCAUUUCUCUUGCCACUGUGCUCAACUGGGGAACCAACCUUAUUGUCUCACUCACUUUUCUGGAUAUCCUUGAAAACAUUGGUGUAUCCUGGACGUUUGUGAUGUUUAGUGCUGUCUGUGCAUUGUCUGUGAUCUUUAUCUUCUUUGCUGUACCAGAAACCAGAGGGAAGUCCCUGGAACAAAUUUCUAAAGAACUCAAUAACCGAUCUCUCAAGUCAGGAAUCCGAGCCUACUGUAAAAGACUUAACUGUUGUCAGCCAUUGUACAACUCUCCUGUGAAGUCUCCUAACUACCACAGGGUACUAAGUACCGAUUCCUUCAAUGAAAUCUCCUGACUGUGUGACUGAAACAUUCAAAAAUAAAUGGCUUGUACAUGACUAAAACACUCCAAGUGUUUAAGAACACCCCAAAUUAAUAAGCACACACUUAAUAAAAGUAGUGUUACUGCAGGGUAAAAUUUUUAUUUGCUUUAUGAUUAUUGCAGCUCAGCUUCAUUAGAAUUUUCUUUUACACUAGACUUUAUCCUGAUUUUUGUCAGGAGUAAAUACUCUAAAGCACAUAUCUACAUGAGUUCAUGCUUUUGUUUGUAACUUUAUUUGGUAUAAUAUGUUUCAGUUUUUGGUGGUCAGAAACCAGCUUUUGCAAUGGUAAAGUGUCCAUUGUCUGUCUACUUGGGUAAACAAUUUUUCAUGACGCUACUCCUCCUACAGUUUUGAUCCGAUUUCAAGAAAACUUGGUACACUGGAUUACACUAGUAUAUAAUUCUGUUUAUUUCUUGGAAGUGUUGCCAUAAAAAAUUCUUUAAGACAAUAUUCUUUCCAGUUAUUUAACAGAUUUCAAUAAAACUUGAAUUUCAUCAAGAUAAUAACAGUGUUGCCUUCUGGAAAUUUUAGUGAAAUUAUAUCAAAACACUACUACUCUGACAGGAUUAUUAGGGCUGUAGCAUAGGUACUUGUGGACAGGACCCCCCCCCCCCCACCGAUAUUCAACCCCGGAGCUUAUUUGACAAUUUUUUCACAGUUUAUAUUUAUAGACUACAGUACACUUAUUCAACAUGUUUGCAAUAUGAACAAAUCGUCAAAACCACAAAAUAAUCGCUCCACAAAAAAUACCCCACUAUACAUUAUAAGAGGGAAGGUAAGCAACUUAGGUUUGUUUACGUUGUACCCCCACUGGUCUUUGGAUUUAAAAACUUGUAUUUAUUUCAUUUUCACCUAAAAUGUCAGUCCACGCUGUCUCUACAUAUAUUUCUGUCUCAGUCAAUGCUAUCGAAUUGACUCCGCAUCACGUAAGAAUCCCACAAACAGCAUUCCAGUUAGAAUGUUCAAAUUUCCUUAGGUAAACGCAACGGAAGUGCAUAGAGAAUGUUACACUUAUUACGAUAACGUCCGAGAGAGUUUUUGCCUGACGUAAUAAUCACUCUUGGGUGUUAUCAUAAUAGGUAAUAGGCACUUCCGUUGCGUUUACCUAAACGUAAACAAACCUAAGUUGCUUACCUUUCUCUCUUAUAAUGUAUAGUGGGGUAUUUUUUGAGGAGCGAUUAUUUUGGGGUUUUGAUGAUUUGUUCCUAUUGCAAACAUGUUGAAUAAGUGUACUAAAUAUAAAUUGUGAAAAAAAUGUCAAAUAAGCCCCGGGGUUGAAUAUCGGGG